AUGGAAGUACCUACUGAAAUCCGUGCAUUAAUUAUUCGACUAAGAGAAGAAGGACAAUCUUUCCGAAAAAUUGCUAAAACGGUAAACAAAUCACACGCGACUGUUCAAUAUAUUGUUAACCGACAAAAAGAAAUCAAAACUUUAAGCAACAGACCUCGUUCAGGUCGUCCUAGAAAAUUAGAUUCAAACCAACGGCGGGCAAUUUUAAGAACAGUAGUAGAAAAUCCCAUGACUAGUGCACCAAAACUGGCGGGUAUGGUUAACAAAGACUAUGGAGUAAAUGUAGUGCCUCAAACAGUGAGAAAUGUAUUGAAGAGAUUUGGAUACAAUGGGUGUACUCCUAGGCAGAAACCAUUUAUAAGUGCAGUUAACAAAAGGAAACGCCUAGAUUUCGCAAAAUCUCAUGUUGAUAAGCCUACAAGUUUCUGGAAUUCUGUAAUUUUUUCCGAUGAAUCGAAAUUUAAUGUAUUUUCAUCUGAUGGUAGAGGAAAAGUAUGGAGAAAACCAAAUGAACAAUUAAAAACACAAAACUUAUGCGCAACUGUUAAACAUGGCGGUGGCAAUGUGUUAGUAUGGGGGUGUAUGAGUGCAUCUGGAGUAGGAAAUUUAGUGGUUAUAGAUGGUAUAAUGGAUCAAUAUAUGUAUUUAGAUAUCUUAAGAAAUAAUUUAAAAAGUAGUGUAGACAAAUUGAGUUUGGGGAGUUCAUUUAUUUUUCAACAAGACAAUGAUCCAAAACACACGGCAAAACGUGUUAAGGAGUGGUUGAUACAUAAUGUUCCCAAACAACUCCAUACACCCCCACAGUCGCCCGAUAUGAACCCUAUUGAACAUCUAUGGGAUGAAAUAGGAAGAAAAAUUAGAACACAUAAUGUUCGAAAUAAACAACAGUUGAAAAAUGCAAUUUUAACAGAAUGGAAUGCAAUUGACCCGGAUAUCACUAAAAAAUUAGUAAAUAGUAUGAAGAAUCGUUUGAUCGAUGUUAUUAAAGCAAAAGGUGGUUCUACACGUUAUUAA